AAUCACUCACGCGUAUAAAAGACCACUUCGACAUCGUGACGGCUCACUGAUAUCUGAUUCCUCUUCAUACCGGUAAUCCCUACAGUGUAUCAGCUCUAUACAUCCCAAUGACUCCCGGCAUGGUCCACGUCUGCGUGCAUUGCGGACAAGCAGCACCUAUUCAGCACUCUGUGUGGUAUGUUGAGAUGGUCGAGCUCGUCGUCAAGGAUACUCUUUUCAAGGUCCCCCGAUUUAUCUUCGACGACCACCUCCAAUCGUUCACGAGGAUGGUCUCGCCAUCGAGGAAUACUACAGGUAUCCCUGGGCCCAAAGGAACCGUAGACCUCAUCGUACAAAGUCACGAUCGUUCGUUCAGUAUUUCUGAUGACAUUACCGUCGACGAAAUGGAGAGCUUCUUGAAGGCCUUUAUACCGAAGUUCUCGAUCCCAAAAGGUGUAGAACUCACGCUCAGCGAUCAUUUGUCCGUCCUCAAGCUCGCUACCAGAUGGGGCUUCUCGGAGCUUCGAAAUCAGUCGAUUGAAGCAGCCACGCCACGCUUCAAAUAUCCUACUGACUUGAUAACUUAUGGGCAACGAUAUAUGGUUCCUCAGUGGCCAAUUGAAGGUUACAAACGCAUCAUCAAAGGGACAUAUCCAAGCCUAGAGGUCGCAUCCAAACUCGGCUCCAAACCCUUCUACUAUCUUAUGGCUGUUCGCGACCAAUAUCUGCAGACGACACCCGUACCGGCGCAAAAGGCGCAAAAGCUCUUCGCAAAGAAAGGAAGUACGAACUCCCUCAAUUUCGAUUUCGACACGAAGAUUGUCGCGCUCAUUGACGCUGGAUAUCUUGAGGGUGCACUUCCCCCUGAUUAUCCUGCUACCUGUGAAACAUCCACCGACUCUGACAUGACGAUCGAUGGGAACGGCAAGGAAGAUUACGAUAAAACCAUUGAGGUGGCUAUCUCUGCUAUCUACCUGGCAAGUUUGAAGAGCGCACCCCUCAAGCCUUCGCGGCUGUAUUGCAUCGAGACUGCCACUUUCCUCGCGGAAAACACUCUGUUCUGUGUCCCCCGCUUUCGCCUUGUCGAGAAUAAGGACUCUCCUUUCGCCAGCAUGUUCACUCUUCCGCUCGGAGAUGUAGAAGCCGAGGGCACAAGCUCAACAAGACCGAUAAAGUUACCUCCUGACAUAAAGGACACAGACUUCGCCAAUUUUCUAGAAGUAUUAUAUCCUGAAUAUAUCUCAUCACCGUAUCUGACACCGUCGAUGAGCGACGCUUGGACCGCAAUCCUCGGACUCGCCACGCAAUGGCAGUUCGACGAUGUUCGCAAGAAGGCCAUCGAUGUAUUAGGAGAUCAGGAGAAAAAUGCCAUCCGGAAGAUAAUACUCGGAAGGCAAUACUCGAUCUCGAGCUGGCUUGUUGCUGCAUACGUCGAACUGGCGGGUCGAGAUGACUCAAAACCCUUGACAGUAGAGGAAGAGAAGGUGUUGGGAGACGCAACGGUUGUGAAGUUACUCAAGAUUGAAGCGGAACGUCGUAAGGGGGAAAGGGAGGGAACCGUUUGUGAUUUGACGGAGAAAGUCAAGGAGGCGUUUAAGGACGAGUUAAUGGAGGACGAGGAGUAUCGGCGCAAGGCUAGUGCACUGGCAACGACGGCGGCGAGUCCUUCAGAUACUGCACCUGUUUAGCUCGGGAAAAUGGUCAGAUUUAUUGGUCUACAAUGUACAUAUAGCUCGCUUCUUUUCC